AUGACGGGCAACAGUUGCCUGGUGAGCGAGACGGUGUUUAAAGACGACAGCAGUCUUGUUGGAGACGAGGAUACACCAGCUGAGGGCGAACAUGCAGGGUCUUCAGAAGACAGCGUGAGGGCGGAGAUUUUCGAUACACUGACGGAGUUGUACCUUUUCUUUAGGGACGCCGAUCUCUCGCACAGGGAGGUUAACCGUCUGCUACACAUAUUCCGCAAUCCGCGCUUCAACCUACGGGCCCUCAGACGAUGGCGCAACUGGGUGGACGUGCGCCGCUGGGGCAUGGCGCGCGCUCCCGCCGACAUGGUCCCUUGGAAAACAGAGGAGAUAGUGGUGCGGGGCCCCAAAGGAAUGCAAAUGAAGCUGCUACUGCACUUCCGCGACACAGAGCUGAUUUUGAAGAAGCUGGUGCGGACGUUCUCAUCGAAGAAGGGGUUCGUUUGGAAACCAAGGAAGAUUCAUCGGAAGAAGAACAACGAGAGGGUGUUUGAAGGACCGGAGACUGCUCACCGGCACGUGUGGUGCACAUGGCAGAAGGAGAUUAAUGACGAGGAUGCACUCAUUCUAGGCGUGCUGAUAUACAGUGACAGCACACAGGCAUCACGGAAUGGCAGGAGGAACGCGUGGCCGGUGCUGAUCUCACUUAUCAACAUUCCGGCGGAAUUGCGAGGAGUGGAGCCUGGGCACACAUUGGCGGCGGUGCUUCCGUUCCCACCUGAGUGGGCAUCGUCUACGGAGAAGACGCGCGUGUUCCAGGAGGCGAUAAAGAUCAUCCUCGCGCCCAUCAUGCGAGAGUCUGCAAGCGCCCGAGUUCGCUUCUUCUACUGCACAGACGCGGACGGGAAGGUGCACAAGGCGGUCCCUUGCCUGUACGGAUACCCUGCCGACUUCCCUGAAUCCAGCAGAGCAUCUGCGACGCUUCAGCAAGGGUCGCAUCGACCAUGCGCCAACUGCUAUGCAGACAAGGGGGAGUUGACCAUGAUGGUGGGGAAGUGCGUGCUUCACAGGUGGAAUUUUGCAGACACAGAGUGGGGCAACGUGUAUCUGGCAUGCCUUGCAGACACGCUGCAUGUACUGGACUCUGGUGUGCUGAUCCACAUGAUGGACACCUACAUAGAGCCGCUCGGGAAGGUUGAGAUGCGGCUGCUUGAACAAUGCAAGAAGGAGUUCAAGGCCAUCACGCCUAGCGUUCUCCUCCGAAUCCCAGGGGGCUCAGCGUUCUUCAGUUCAGGCGCAAAUUACGCCGCGUUCGAGCACAGGAGCAUGAUGCAGAUAAUGCCGAUACUGGUGGCUGACGAGAGUGCAUUGAAGGGUGGAGAGGAGGGAGAGCUGCGUGCUUUGCAGGUCAAAGCGUUCCGGCUGUUUGCUGUGUUUUACAAGGCGUUUCUGGGGGUUGACAGGCACACACAUACAACAAUUGCGAUUGCACGUAAGCAUGCAAUAGCGUUGGUGGAGUUGCUACCGCGGGCAUUUCCAAAGCAGGCAUCCCACUGGAGACUCCCAAAGAUACACAUGAUAAGGCACUUACUGGACAACGUUGUCCACCGUGGGAUGCCGCACCAUUAUUCCACGGAAAUGUGGGAGCGCACGCACAAGGGCACGGUUAAGGGUCCAGUAAGAGGGAGCAACUGGAGCGACAUUCCACGCCGCAUUGUGGAGGAGGAGGUGCAGCGAGAGGUGUACCGUGAAGUGGCUGCAGACGCGGGGGGUGGGCGACAGUACGCGACCGCAUUGAGCGAGGCAAUCAAGACGAGGAAACCGGUGCUUACAAAGAAGUAUCGGAUCAUGCGCAUAGGGGGGGAGUCGGAUCCAGUGUACAACGAGUACACCGCCGCGCUUGGAGACGAGAUGAAGGGGAUGGCCGAUGAGUUCAAGGCGUUGGGGCUGUCUACCAACAACGUGCAGGUCCACACGGCGGUGGCCAUUCCGCGCACAAGGGGCGGAGAGCUAGUGGCAAAAGGGACAUUUGUGAAGGCGUCUCCCCGAGAGAGGUGGUAUUCGGACGUGGCACUGCUGAACAACAAGAAGGGGGACUGGUUUGCAAGAUGUCUGUGCAUCUUCAGGGCGGUUGACCGCGAGGGGAACUGGAAGGGGUACGCAUACGUGCGGUACUAUGAGGGGGCGGGAAGAUGCAAGCUUACGGGGUGCAAGCAGCUGCACAAGAAAGUGGAUAAGAGUGCUACAAUGGGUGACCUGAAGGGACUGCUGGCUACCGCGCACCCGGACGACGUGUUCUGCUUCCACGAGAUUAAUUUUCUCCCGAGCCGGCUUCCGAAGACGUACAUUCCGGAUAAGCGUGUUGGGGCGGAGCGGAUUGUCAGCGUCGGCAUUCUUUACAACGCGACGGGGAGUUGUUCCGCGGUGCCUCUGGUUGUUCUAUCGCCGUACGAUAGGCCCGAGCGCAGGCGGGGGAGCGCGGCAUGUCGCAAGGUGGCUGUCCGGUAUACGCAUCGCGGGCGGUUGACGCCGGAGGUACGGGACAAUGUCCGUGAUCGCAACACCCUCAUCCUAACCAUUCACGAGGCGCAUCGCAUCACAGGCGAGGUCGCGCGACCCGUCACGGAGCACGGCUUCAGUGUGCAGCACCUGACCAACACCCGAAUCGUCAACAUUCGUGGGUCGGUUCCUGAAGGGGGCCUUCCGCACCUCCAGGGAGUGGAGGAUGCGCUGAAGGGCCAUUACCGCGUUAUGCUCAUGAAGCGUGCGAUAGCGGCGAAGCGGUUCCAAUUCGACUAUUCGGCAUCGAUCGCGGACGUGGAUUAUGGCCUCAUGCUCGAGUGGCUGGGAGAAGCGUGGACUCGCGUGCGCGCCGUCACCAUGCAGAGGAGCUGGUGGCGCGCCGGAUGCGUGCCACCGAGCUGGCCGCCACUGAUGGCGUACCUGAGUGACACGAGCGCAACGGGCAUGUUUGAGCCCCUCAUUGCGAUAUGCGUCGAGCUGCAGUUGCUAAUCGAGAAGUUCAAGAUGAGGCCUGCGUGCUAUAUGACGGCGGCCGAGUUUGUCAACUGCGACGCGGGACUCUGCGUGGAGCAGGGGUUUAGGGCCACACCUGCGGCCAGCGCGUCGGAUGACUCGUCGGGCGAGAUGAGUCUGCCAGACGGCCCACUGCUGCGUGACGAGCGCAGCAGGCGGCGCGUGAUUCGCAACGUAACAAAUGCGUACGUGGAGCGUGCCGACGCGCUCGGCAUUCCCCCGGCCCUCGUGCCAGCAGAGGUCGGAGCAUCUAACCAGGAGGUGAUUUCCCGCCUCGGCAGGACGCCAGUCAAGCGUGCGCGCGCGGGGAUGCGCCCGGAGGACGUGCCAGACCCAGCGGUGCGCGAGACUGAGGACGACGAGUGA